UGUUCAAGGUCCCAGUGGCGAUGGCUACUGCCUGAAGUAGAAUGUGUAUCAGUAUUUUGUGUUAAAAUUUUUAUAUUUCCUCCGGCAAAAUGACGAUGGUUUCGAAGACUGCCCUUGGAAUAGCGGCUGGAAUAUGUGGAACUGUUUUCAUAGGGUAUUGCCUUUAUUUCGACUCUCAAAGGAGGAAGGACCCCAACUUCAAGAAGAAACUCAGAGAACGUCGGAAGGCAGCUAAAAGUAGUUCUUCAACCCAUGCCGGCAAGACUCCUCUACCGGACUUGAAAGACUCUGAGGCUGUCUCCAAGUUCUUCAUCCAAGAAGUCAAAACCGGUGAAGAAUCUCUUGGUCGAGGAGAGGUCGCUGAGGCUGUUGAGCAUUUAUGCAAUGCUAUCGCUGUCUGUGGUCAGCCUUCAAACCUUCUGCAAGUACUUCAACAAACUAUACCACCCGAAGUUUACAGAAUGAUCCUAUUCCGCUUGCCUGAAGUUAGUCAAAAUAUCAUUCAACAGCAGAGUAUGAAUAUGAACUCACCUUCAAUGGAUCCCGAGUAAUUUCAAAAUCUCCCGUGUAGAAUUGAUUCAGUAGUCACUUACUUUUUUUUCUUUUCUUUUCUUUCUUUUUUGUAUUUCCUCAACACAUUCAUUUAUACUGUUCAGGUUUUCACAUUUCCUUUAAUUUUGAUUUCAUGCAUUUUUAUUCGUCAAUAGGUCAUCGCAUAACAUCAUCUCUUUAUUUUUUCGAGACGUUCUUAAAACCAAUUCCGAAUUCUGUUUUUUUCGUAGGUUUUAUUAUUUUCUACUUUUUAGUGUUCGAUUUAUAGCAAGGUUUAUUUUUUAUUUUAAAGUUUAAGUGUAAAAUAUUUUUGUUGCUGUUUCUUGUGUCCUUAAAAAUAUCUAUUUUUAUCUAUCAGAUAUCAUAUAUUUUAAUAGCUGAACACCAUUUUGUUUUGUAAGGAUACAAUUGUGUUUGCAGCAACCAUACUGACCCACCUUGGUUUUUAUACCAAAUAUGAAUGCUACAAAUUGUCUUCUCUUGCAGGAGGGAACAUAUCACGAUUGCGAUAUUUCCAUAUUUUUUUAAAUUUCCAGUGGUUUUUCUUUCCGCUCGUGAGGAUUGGCGAUACAACUUUUAGGUAAAUUUCGUGCGAUAGUUCUUUGAUGAAAAAAUUAAAGUCAUGCAGAAGUGCUUAAGCAGCACAGGCCAGUAAGUUCCUUCUUGUGAGAGUUGACAAAGUAGGCAGUUAUCAUGCCCUGUAAGAUCCUAGAUUUCUGUUUUAAAUACUGUAUUCAAGUGAUCAUUUUUAAAUAACUCCCUCUUGCUUCUCUCAAGUGGUUAGAUCAUCUCUGCAAACUUCCUCAUUACCAAUCCUAGGUUUUUCCUUUUUUAUGUACUCGAUAGAUAUUGUGCGUGCUCUUUGGUGUAAAAUAUUUAUUACCUCUUAAAAUAUUGAUUUCGUUUGUUUCCCUUUUUCUAUGUGAUUUUAUGUUUAAUGAACUUACGAUUUAUCCCUUUCAUGAUCCUUCAGUCAACUCGGGACAGGAUCCUUUAAAAAUAAACUAUCAUCUGUUAUUUGCACAAGUUUGCCUUUUUUGAAAACUUGGUUACAUUUAUUAUUUUUAAAUUGAAUUUCAAGACUUAACUUGUUGAGCAAUCUUUAAUUAAAAUUAAGUAGAAUUAUGUUGACUAACUCCCUUAAUAAUUCUGGGAGUUGAGGGCCAGGAACCUGCCUGAAGUUUCUAAAUUAGUUUUGAGAAUGUUUCGGAGAACUUCUGUGUGUGUUUUGUUACAAUAAAAAUUACCCUUUCAGCAUGGGAGGGAAUUAAGGUAAUUUGAAUAGGUCAAGCGCGAUGGCAUAUCAUUUCUUGGAUUCAACCAACUCAUUGUUAACUUUUAAGUCAAUGAAAAGAAAGUUUUACCGAAUUUCCCUUUUUUCCAUCAUUUUUAACAAGCAGGUGCCUGAGUGGUUUUGGAAAGUAAUUGAAUCGGUUAUUCUCAAAACGACUCAAGGUCCAGAAACGAGAAUACAACAGUAAAAUCACUGAAUGGGUAUGUUCUAAAUUUUAGAAUAAUUUAUAAUUUGAUUGAUGAAUAGAAUGGAUACUUGAAAACAAUUUUUACUGUUGUUCAUAUUUUCAUUUCCAGCACUCGAGUCAUUUGAGAAUGAUCGAUUCAACUUUUCAACUGAUACUUAUAUGUAAAACAAUAGAAACAUACUUAUCGAUUGCCCUGUUUUAAAUUCUCUUUCGUACUUUAUUUUUAUCCUUAAAAAUUUACUGUCAUCAUUCCCAUUUGGAAAUAGGGCAAUCAAAGUGUAUUUUUUAGUUUUACCAUUUGUAUGAUGUAAAUGAAGGGUUUGUCUGUUGUCCUUUUUUAAGCCCUACAAAAUAUUCAUCAACAUAAUUUGUGAUUACUUUCUUGUGUUAGAGUUGAUGAAUUGGAAUGCUAAAUAUUCAUUGCCGUCAUUCAAUAAUUUACUAUAGUGACGUAGGGCAAUAGAUCUCUAAAGGAUUGAAUUUCUUUUACCUUAAAGCUACUCUAAGAACGAUGAUAAUCCAUCAUGAAUUGACUUUGUUUAGAGCUUAAUUUUUGCUUCAGUGCUAAGUUCGAAUUUGAAUCUCUGAUGACAUCUCUGGAACAUCCUUUUUCAUGGUGAGUGAAAAAAUGAACACAAUUAAAUAAGAUAGAAAUUAUCAAGAAAAAAUUUGUUGGAUGUUUUCAGUAUUUUGUGAAUACCUAUUUGUUAUAUUUUAAGCAAAAAACACCUAAUUAAAUGGAUUAAGAUGUUAA